CUAAUGUUGGUAUAACAAAAUCAUUUUCAAAAUUAUGAAGUCAAGAAAAGGGAGAUGGUAUUUGUUUUGACAAUGUUAAAACAAUGACCGUAGCACUAUGCUCUUGUCCAGAAGUCAUCUUAUCUCAGACUCCGAAAACUAUUUUCUCCGUAUGUUUCCAUAAACUCAUCAACUGCCAAAGCUUCCAUUCUCCAGCAGCUCUGAAGCGCACGCUCAACAGUACCAUGUCAAGUUGCAAUCUUUUCUCAUCUUCUCUCCUCUCUUCUACCCUCCCCAAAAUUUCUUUUUCCUUCCUCUCUCCUACAUCGUUUUCUCCACCUCUAUUCUGCCCGUCAAACCCCUUCUUUUCCCUCCAAAUCCCUCGCUCCUCUCCCUCCCUUUUCAAGUUAACCUCCCAUAAAUCCUUCGCUGACACCCACAUUGAUGAAUUCCAAAAGGACGAAGCAGAAAUAGAGUUUGAUGAGUCUGACUCCGAGGAUUAUGCCAUUGAUAUCGAGGAGCUCGAAGAGGAAGCCGAAGACGCUGUUAGAGAGUUUUCUACCUCUUUGUCUCGCCAAUUGAGAAUCGAGGAUGAAACUGGUGAUAGAAAGGAAACCAGAAAGCAGAAGAGGCAAAAAACAAAUGCUUUAGAAAUCCCCGACCAUCUCCUUCCUAGGGUUGCAAUUGUUGGGAGGCCAAAUGUUGGCAAGUCAGCACUAUUCAACCGUUUUGUUGGGGGGAACAGGGCAAUUGUGGUGGAUGAACCUGGUGUUACUCGGGAUCGUUUAUAUGGCAGAGCCUUUUGGGGAGAAUAUGAAUUUAUGGUGGUGGAUACUGGAGGGGUUCUUACCUUAUCAAACUCACAAGCUAAUGUUAUGGAAGAAUUGGCUAUAACAACUACCAUUGGCAUGGAUGGAAUUCCGCUUGCCUCAAGGGAGGCCGCUGUUGCCAGGAUGCCGUCAAUGAUUGAGAGACAAGCUACUGCAGCUGUGGAAGAAUCAUCUGUUAUUAUAUUCCUCGUUGAUGGCCAGGCAGGUCUAACAGCAGCUGAUGUGGAGAUAGCAGAGUGGUUAAGAAAGAACUACUCCAAUAAGUUUGUCAUUCUUGCAGUGAACAAGUGUGAGUCUCCACGUAAAGGAAUCAUGCAAGCAUCAGAAUUUUGGUCACUGGGGUUGUCACCACUUCCUAUUUCUGCUUUAUCUGGGACUGGAACUGGGGAGCUUUUAGAUCUUGUAUGUUCCCAACUGGCAAAAAUUGAGGGUUCACAAAAUGUCGAUGAAGAACAAAAUUAUGUCCCUGCAAUUGCAAUUGUUGGCCGGCCAAAUGUUGGGAAAAGUAGCAUUUUGAAUGCAUUGGUUGGAGAAGAUAGAACAAUUGUCAGCCCAAUCAGCGGCACUACUCGUGAUGCAAUUGAUACUGAAUUUUCAGGACCAGAUGGCCAGAAGUUUCAGCUUAUUGAUACUGCUGGAAUCAGAAGAAGAGCAGCUGUUGCUUCAUCAGGUAGUCUGACAGAGGCUUUAUCGGUGAAUCGAGCAUUUCGUGCCAUCCGCCGUUCUGAUGUUGUUGCCCUUGUCAUAGAGGCCCUGGCAUGUAUAACAGAACAGGAUUGUAAAAUUGCUGAAAGGAUUGAAAAGGAAGGGAAGGGCUGCCUGAUUGUUGUGAAUAAAUGGGAUACAAUACCCAACAAAAACCAGCAAACUGCAACAUACUAUGAACAAGAUGUCAGGGAGAAGCUUCGUAUUCUUCAUUGGGCACCUAUUGUUUAUUCAACAGCAAUUGCUGGUCAUAAUGUUGACAAGAUCAUUGUUGCUGCUAGUGCUGUUGAAAAGGAAAGAUCAAGAAGACUAAAUACUUCCAUACUGAAUCAAGUGGUACGAGAAGCAUUAGCUUUUAAAUCACCUCCAAGAACUCGAGGUGGAAAGAGAGGACGUAUUUACUACUGCACUCAGGCAGCUAUCAGGCCACCUACAUUUGUAUUUUUUGUGAAUGAUGCAAGCCUCUUUCCUGAAACUUAUCGGCGCUAUAUGGAGAAGCAACUGAGAUCAGAUGCAGGAUUUUCUGGUACGCCCAUACGACUACUCUGGCGCAGCAGAAGGAAAAUGGAAAAAAGUGAAGUCAAGGGUGCAACAAGAACACAACUUAAUCUUACUCCACGUGGCUGAACGUUGGUAUUAAAUUAUAUGAAAGAGUGUUCAACAUGUAAUUAGAAAUUUCUUGGCUGUGGAUAGCAUCGGUCCACAUGGAGCGGAGGCCUGAGUUGUAGAAUUUUCCAUGAGAAUAAGGUGGUUGGUGUAACCUUAUCGUGUUGGCUUGUUAUGAGCUGUUAGGCCAUACGGUCUUGUAUUUCAAAUCAAUUGCGUUAGAUUUUCUAAAUUGGUCAGAGAUAAGUAGCUAUAGAUGUAGAGAUAUGAUAGGAACAGUUGGUUCACAAUAUUCAAAGCUGCCUCUAUAAACACAUUUAAAGCUGCUAGCUUGUAGCGUUUGUCCUUCUAACCUGUGAAUUUAAGCAUUUGGCAGCUGAUGGUUGGGGUGGUUGAAAGUUUUAUUACAAAUGAAAUCAAGAUGCUGCUGCAACAAAUAUCAUUUGUCAGGGUUAGUUUC